AUGGCUCUCAGCGCGGUCGUAACGGAGAUGAUAGCGGCGUUCCUGGUGGCUGGGACUCUGCUCUUCAAGUAUGGAAACGUGUUUCGACAUCACAUUGCGGUCACUAUCUCUGUGUUGAUAGCUUGGUACUUUUCCCUAUUAACAAUCUUCAUGCUACCGUUGGAUGUCUCUUUGACGGUAUUCAGGCAAUGCGUAGAACAGAAUAUACACAACAGCACCAAGGACCUCAAUAAUACGACUUCCGUACCGUAUACCACUUGCAAAGAGCCUUGGCCCAACGUGCCGGAGAAUGUAUUUCCAAAUCUGUGGAGGAUAGUUUACUGGACGUCGCAGUGCCUGACGUGGUUGAUACUCCCAUUGAUGCAGUCCUAUAUAAAAGCGGGAGAUUUCACCGUACGCGGAAAGUUAAAGUCCGCUUUAAUAGAUAACGCUAUAUAUUACGGCAGUUACUUGUUUAUAUGCGGUAUACUCUUGAUAUACAUUGCGUUGAAACCUGGCUUAGAUCUUGAUGGGCAAAAAUUGAAAGCCAUAGCAUCAUCUGCAUCCAAUACGUGGGGUUUAUUUUUAUUAGUCUUACUGCUCGGUUACGCCCUCGUAAAGGUACCUCGAGGAUUAUGGAAUGCCAGCAAGCCUGGAUACACUUUAAACUACAGCUAUUUCAAGGUGGCGAAAUUAAGUUUAGACAAGUGCGAAGCGGAAGAGACGGUGGACGACAUACUCGAGUCGCUGCAAAUUGCAACAAUAUCCAUCGGGCCCGGUCAUCCGUUCCAUUGCAAUCUGGAAACGAUCUUUCAAAAGAUACCCGCAGAAUUGAAGGAUCGAAUGAACAGAAGGCAAUUGCCCGAUGACACUCCAACAGAUACACCUUCCGAAAAAUCUCUAAUUCGUCUACAUAGACAGACUAUAAAAGCGCUGCAGACCUUACAGCGCAUAGAAACUCAAUGGGGCAUUUUAGUGGAUGCGAUAUUUGAUUUGGAAGAUGUAGCGAAGAAUCAAGUGAGUCAUGAUAGAAGAUUUAAACAGUCUUUCCCUAUGCAUCGUCCGCUUCCGUUUCGUAUUAUUUACAAUCCUGUUGUCGAAUGGUACUGGAAAUGUAUCGUGAAGGAUUACGUUUUAAAGGCAGCUGCUAUUUGCACCGGCUGCUUGUCAGUAGCCGUGGUAUGGUCAGAAGUAACAUUCUUCAACAAGUCUCCUGUGUUGUCUUUAUUCGCCCAGUUUCUGAAUUUAGCAAAGAGAAAUUAUGAUUAUUUUACGAUAGAGAUGUUGUCCACAUUGAUCAUCGCAUACCUUUGCUAUUGCGCUUAUUCGACAGUCUUGAAGAUACGAGUAUUGAAUCUCUAUUACUUGGCACCUCAUCAUCAAACGAACGAGUACAGUUUGAUAUUCAGCGGUAUGAUGCUGUGUCGCUUAACUCCGCCCAUGUGUCUUAAUUUUCUCGGACUUAUUCACAUGGAUUCCCACAUCAUCAAAACUCAUAUCCUGGAAACGCAUUAUACGCAAGUGAUGGGUCAUAUGGAUGUCAUUUCCAUAAUAUCCGAUGGAUUUAACGUAUACUUUCCCAUGGCAAUUCUGGCGUUCUGCUUAGCGACAUAUUUUAGCAUAGGCAGUAGAUUGCUUUCUAUGCUAGGCUUUCAACAAUUCCUUGACGAUGACGAGUUCACGACGGAUCUCGUGGACGAGGGAAGAGAACUUAUAAAAAGAGAGAGACGUAAACGGCAAAGAGCGGAAGAUUCUAUGUACAGACGGCGCGAGUUGCAGGAAAGAUUCAAUAUUUCGGCAGGUACAACAGGAUCGCGUUACAGGACAUCUCGACAAAGCACGGACACUGUACGACCGUUAAAACGAGACGAGUCAAUCGAGUCCGCGAGAGCGGGCCUGUUGCACGAUUUCGAUCCCUCGGAGUAUUACAUCGGUAUGACAUUCGGCGGAGACAGCUAUGGUGCAAAUCGGUGUGAUAUGGAAAACCAGGGCGAUAUUGAUUCGUUCGAUCCAAGUAAUGCGAGAGCAUUCUCCACGAGUACAAGUCGCGUAGGUCCUCCACCCAGAGGACUGUUUGAUGAUAUUUAAAAGGGAUAACAUUUUAGCAAAUACAGUUUAGGUGCUAUUGUAGAAGUCAAUUGGCUUUUAAAGAUUUACACGACGUUCAUAUCGAGUUAUGCGAAGGCUCAUUGAUACGAAGCAGCGCGAUGGCUCUUAUUAAACUUGAAACGUAAGGCUUUACAUACUUGUAGUAUUUUGAACCCGAUUACUCUAGGUAGGACCACGAAUUAAAAUAAAGUUGUAUCGUUAUGAGAUAUAUUUAUAACUUAUUGUAUACGAAGAAACUGGACUAAAAGAAUGAAAGUUGCGCAGAUGCUUGCUUGAAACAGAAACUCAUUUUUUUUAAAUAUAAGAAUUGUAACGAGAUUACGGUGGAUAGAAUCAGUGAUAACGCAAUGAAUGUUCG